AUGAAGUCUUUCUACACCUUGGCCUUGUGCCUCGGUGCCCUCGUUGGGACCGCCACUGCUCAGGCAGAGGAGCAAGGGCAACAGCCUGGCAAGUUUGCUGCUGCUCCUCCAGUGGGAUCCAACCCCAUUGAUCGCAAGGGAUGGACAGUCAAGUGCUCCAGCCAAGCAGGAAACUACCCUUGUGGUAACGCCAUUGAUGGCAACAAGGACACAUUCUGGCAGACUCCUUAUGGCGCCGGCGAAAAGAAGCCGCCUCACUCCAUCGUCAUUGACAUGAAGCAAACACAGUACGUCAGUGGUCUUCAAAUCACACCUCGUCAGGAUGGCAACACCCGCAACUGGAUUGGUCGCCAUGAGGUCUACCUCAGCUCAGACGGAACCAACUGGGGAAAGCCCGUUGCCUUUGGAACUUACUGGGGAGACAAGUACCCCGUCAUCACAAACUUCGAGACCCAUCCCGCUCGCUACCUUCGUUUUGUUGCCCUCUCCAACGUGAACACCGACUAUCCCUGGAUUGCCAUCGCCGACUUUGUUGUCUACAACGCUCUCAAGUACAACCCUCCCAAGGCAGGCGUUGGAAAGUGGGGAGCCACUCUUGAUUUCCCUGUCAUCCCCGUCGCUGGUGCCGUUGAGCCUCUCACUGGCAAGGUCGUUGUCUGGUCUGCCUACCGCUACGAUGCUUUCCAGGGAACAACUCCCCGUGGUGGAUUCACCCUCACCUCUAUCUGGGACCCCAAGACCAACGUCAUCUCCAACCGCAGAGUCGACAACAACAAGCACGACAUGUUCUGCCCCGGUAUCUCCAUGGACGGAGAGGGUCAGAUCGUCGUGACUGGUGGUAACGAUGCCAAGAAGACUACCAUUCUUGACCUUAACGGCAACUGGGUUGCUGGCCCUGACAUGCAGCUUGCCCGUGGAUACCAGUCGUCUGCCACAACCUCUGAUGGCCGUGUCUUCACCAUCGGUGGCUCAUGGAGUGGUCCUCGUGGUGGCAAGAACGGUGAAAUCUACGACCCCAAGGCGAGGACCUGGACUUCUCUGCCCAAGUGUCUCGUCGGUCCUAUGCUCACCAAGGAUAAGGAGGGUGUUUACAAGGCUGAUAACCACGCCUGGCUCUUUGGCUGGAAGAAGGGCAGUGUCUUCCAGGCCGGUCCCAGCACAGCCAUGAACUGGUACUACACCGCCAGGGGCACUCAGGGAGACACCAAGGCUGCUGGCACUCGACGAAAGAACGGCCGAGUUGACCCUGACUCCAUGUGCGGUAACUCCGUCAUGUACGAUGCCCUCAAUGGAAAGAUUCUCACCUUCGGUGGUGCCACCAGCUACCAGGCAGCCCCUGCCACUGCUAAUGCCCACGUUAUUACCAUUGACCAGCCCGGCGCCGUUGUUCAAACCACACUCGUCGGAAACAACGGUGCUGGUCUCCAUGCCCGUAUCUUCCACACCUCUGUUGUUCUCCCUGACGGAAACGUCUUCAUCACUGGCGGCCAGUCUUACUCCACCCCCUUCACUGACAACAACGCUCAACUCGAGCCUGAGAUGUACAUUCCUUCUUCCCACGCUUUCAUUAAACAACAACCCAACACCAUUCCCCGUACCUACCACAGUAUGUCUCUGCUGCUGCCAGAUGCUACUGUCUUCAACGGUGGCGGUGGUCUUUGCGGUGGCUGCAAGACCAACCACUUCGACGCCCAGAUCUUCUCACCAAACUACCUCUUCGAUGGCAACGGCAACCCUGCCACUCGCCCCAAGAUCAACGGUGUCUCAACCGGCACCGCCAAGGUCGGUAGCACCGUCACCGUCACCACCAACGGUGCCAUCAAGAGCGCUUCGCUCAUCCGAUAUGGUACCGCCACACACACCGUCAACACCGAUCAGCGACGCAUUCCUUUGGCUCUGACCGGCGCCGGUACAAACAAGUACUCCUUCAAGAUCCCCAACGACUCUGGUAUUGCGCUCCCCGGCUACUGGAUGCUUUUCGUCCUUAACGCUGCUGGAGUGCCCAGUGUCGCUAGCACCAUCAAGGUGACAGUCUGA